AUGGUUAUCGACGGUAGUCUCACAGGUACUAGAGGGCGGCUCGAGGCGAUGGGGAGGCGAGGUGGUUGCUGGAUCCGGCCUGGACGGGCUAUCUGCGAUGGGACAUUGGAAUGUGAAGCUAGCGGCCGUGUGAAUGACCGUGUGAAUCAACUUGCAGCGCCGACGGGACUUUCGGACGGCGGUACAAUCCCCACUCAAGCCCUGAGAUGGAAGACAGGGGAGAUCUCUGGCCUCUUGACCAACUUGCUCUAUCAGGUGAUAAUCGAGGCGGACAAGGCUUUGCAGGCGGUCACCAAGGGCCGAUUGUUGAAGGAUUAUCUUGUUCUGUCCAGGGUGCGCAAAUCGGAGGGGUCCCCCGAGAAUCUCUCUGUCGAUGCUCGCUUGUCAGUGCUGACAAUGGAAAGUUUUGCGUGCGGAGGGGAACCAGAAGAUGAUGGCUGGCGCGCUGAGGGUGUUGAAAGUGGGCUGAUGUUGACAAGCCCAAGUGUGGCGCUCCAAGGCCUGCCACUGCUGGUAGAGGCGCUGCAGGUCAGUUGCUCAGGUGCUGCGCUGCUUGUCGUGUAG